AACGUUCUAAGAAAGAGAAACGGAAAAACAACAAACAUUACCGUACGCCACACACUCCGUAACCAGUAGAACGGCAACAUUUUUACUUUCCCAUCGAUUUGCGUGUCGUUUUCUUUCGUCCAUUUCCGCACAAAACCAAACACUCCGAUGGCCGAACAACGGUGCGACAGUUGAACCCGAUUCAAACGUGCCCGCAACACCAUGCCGACCGGUUUUAAGCUGCGACCAUGUGUGUCUUCAGAGCAACGUUGCACAAACGCCAGCCCGAAACGAAUCGUUAUCGUAAAAUGUUGCUAAGAAAGGUUGGCAAAGCGUGCUGUUAACGAGCUUUUUGUCCACCGUUCCUGAGGAGAGAGUGUGUGCGUGUCCCAACCCGACUGUUGCCCGUCAAUAAACACCCGGCGACGUUGCAGCCCAAACCAGAGCAAAAGGAAACCGUCCUCAAAAUGUCAUUCCGCGACUGGAAGAUUGUGCGGGUGCUGGCCGGAAUAGCGAUGCGGAUAUGGGCCGCCAGUGGAGCUGCCCUGCUGUCCGCCUUCCUGAUCUACGUGGUGUAUGGGGGCUUUUUUGCCUUCCUGCUGCUUUUAUUCGCCGUUUCUGGCAUUCUGUACCACGCGCAGGACAACCUGCUGUACCAUCCGGAGCUGCCGGCCAACUCGCGCAUCUUCAUACCCGUUCCCUCCAUGCACGGGCUGCCUUACGAAACGCUGCACCUGAAAACGCGCGAUGCCGUCUCACUGCACGCGUUCUGGAUCCGGCACCCGGGCGAUAAGGGCCGCUACGUGCCAACGAUCGUGUACUUUCACGGCAAUGCCGGCAACAUGGGGCACCGGUUGCAGAACGCUACCGGCUUCUAUCACACGCUCCAGUGCAACGUGCUGAUGGUGGAGUACCGCGGGUACGGCCUGUCGACGGGCACGCCAAGCGAGAAGGGCUUCUUUGCCGAUGCCCGCUCCGUGCUGGACCAUCUGUUCAGCCGGCACGAUCUGGACCAUGGGCAGAUCGUAGUGUUUGGCCGGUCGCUCGGCGGUGCCGUGUCGAUCGAUCUGGCCGCCGAUGCGGUGUACGGUGCGAAGCUGAUGGGCGUGAUUGUGGAGAACACGUUCACGAGCAUACCGGACAUGGCGGUGGAGCUGAUACACCCGGCGGUGCAGUACCUGCCGCUGGUGCUGUACCGCAACCAGUACCUGUCGGUGGACAAGAUACAGUUCGUGUCCGCGCCGAUACUGUUCGUUUCCGGCCUGGCCGACACACUAGUGCCUCCGCGGAUGAUGACGAUGCUGCACACGCGAUGUGGCAGCACGCGCAAACAGAUGCUGCAAAUCGUUGGCGGUUCGCAUAACGACACGUGGGCUGUGAAUGGCUACUACCAGGGUGUAGCCCAAUUUCUGAAGGAGUGCAGAGAAACGAAAGGACCACUGCAGACACCGCCGGUUAGCCACAACGUGUGGCCCAACAUUGAGGAGGUGUGAGAAGGAGGCUGAGGGACUCGGGUCCCCCAGUUGAAUCGUAUUCUCUCUUUUACUCUCUCUCUCUCUCUCUCCCUCUCCCACUUCUUCCGUGACCGCCUUUUAAAUGCGACGCGCUUGCCAAAAAACACGUGAUGUGAAUGUCUCUGUCACGGGGACGGAUAAGAAUGAGACGGACGGACGUUCUGAUGUGAUGCGAUUUACGGAGGGAUUUGACGGACGGAUUGUACCGCAUACCAGGGCCUCUACCAACAAAUACACGCAACUAAUACGCGAUUAGAGUUAGACGAGCGCGCGGGCGUUCUAAAACAAUUAGAAUCUAGCGGGUGAUGGGACAGUGCACAACCCACACCCUUUUUAUUGCCACCACCGUCACUGUUCGGUGGUCACCGUCUCACCGGUGAGGUGCUUUUGCAGUCGGGUGUGGCGGGAACGUAGCGUCCCCAGCGUAGCUUCAGUUCAGCCGCAAACCGCAAACGCACCCAAUCCGCCACAGCGCCUCACCACAGCAACAGGUUACAAUAAAGCGAGAAAUGAAGAGGAGGAGGAGCAGCAACAAAAGAAAAAAACGGUUAAAAUUUUGAACAUUAGCAUAAUAACAAAUAUUAAAAUAAUAAAUUAGCGUUAAAGUA